AUGCCGCUACUUGCUUUUAUCCUUUCGCGACAUCCAGAUUACCGAGCCGUAGCAAAUUGGUUGUUAUAUAGACUAGCAGAGUCAAAGGAGCCAUUCGCCGUUAUCUACAUUAUUAACCAGCAAUUCACGUCGGGCGCCCCUCUGAAAAGAACCAUUUUGAUCGCCUACCUAGAAGAAUUUGCGCACCGACAUCUUCUUGAUGCAAUGGUGCUCUACGGACGCAUUUUACAUGAGCGAUAUCGUCGCACGGAGGAGGCGCUUACUCUUUGGAAAAAAGCUAUGGAGAUCUCAAUACCACAUCAGACAAAUGCCGGCGAAACUGAUGAAGACCCAUACAGUGUCCUUGGUAUCCCUCAAGCCUGGGAGAUGUAUGCAGCUGUGAAAAGUUCUCAAGGAGAUAGCGAAGGUAGUCGAGCGGCCGUGGAAGCGGGAGCGUUCCUACUCGACCAUCCUGUCGCCUUCCAGUAUCUUGCAAAGAUUGUUGGUAACGAGGGCCAACUGGAUAAAUAUGAAGAAUAUAUGACAAAAGCCGCUAUGGACUGCAACGCUGAAGCGUGUCAUGACCUAGGAAGUUUUUACCUGGAGUUGCACUAUUCUGGGAAAGGUCGGGAUAAGUCAUUUACAUCGUCAAGGGGCCAGGAUGCCUCGCCUAAAGAUCUGGUUUCGGGACAAUACACGAACAGCGAACUUCGCCAAAAAGCCAUUGAUUGGUUCGAAAUUGCUAGUACGGGUGGCUGGGGUCCAUCCGCACUUAUCAUGGCCUGUCUCUUACGUGAGGAAGGAAACGCUCACAAAGGAUUACGGUAUUUAAAGAUUGCAGAAGAUGACGAAAAGUCCGCGUCCAAGGCGAAAGAUAUACGACAUAUCUAUUUGGGGAAGUCUUUCGAAUUGAACAUUGAACGAGAACGAGAGAUCUUUAUGAAGCAGUUUGCACAGUUUGAUUGA